AUGACAGAAAUAGCAAAUCUUCUACAGGUUCCAUUAAAACAAGGGACAAACAAAAAGGGUGCAUAUAAUAGAACUAUGAAAGUUCCUGAUGGAAUGAAAGAAUUAGUUCAUAUUGUUGCUGGUCUUCAAAAAGAUGUUAAACAAAUGAGAAACGUUUUAACAUUACCAGAAGCUCAAGCAUAUGCCAAACGUCAAGGUCCAAAUUGGGAAGCACACGAAGCAGACAUUACGGGUCCAAAUGGAAAACCUGAUGGUAUAAAUGAAGUUUUCGUUACUGAUGGUCAAGGUAAUAUUAAAGUCAUAAAUGGUUACAAAUUAACUAUAACUGAUUAUCCUAAACGUAAAGCAUAUAAUGAACGUUAUCCUAUGCAAUUUGAUGAAAAUGGAAAAGCUGUUAAACAAUACAUUGGAGAAGGUGAAAAUGGUCCAAUUAAUUCAUACC